CCGAGUGCAAGGCUGGAGUUCGCUGACCGGAAAUAGUAACGAACAUGAUGAACCGCCUCCACGGCCAGCCAGACUCGUAUGAUAAGAAAUCGAAGUAUAGUUUCGGGAAGACCCUCGGUGCCGGAACAUACGGGAUCGUAAGAGAGGCCGAAAGCCCCGAUGGCAAGGUAGCCGUGAAGAUCAUCCUCAAGAAAAAUGUGCGGGGGAACGAGCAGAUGGUGUACGAUGAGAUGGAGAUGUUGCAGCGUAUGAAACAUCCACAUAUUGUCAAGUUCUUCGAGUGGUUCGAGUCAAAGGACAAGUACUACAUCGUCACCGAGCUUGCGACCGGAGGCGAACUAUUCGACCGGAUCUGCGACCGCGGAAAGUUCACGGAAAAGGACGCCGCGGAAACGAUCCUGCAAGUGCUGGAGGCCGUCAACUACCUGCACAUAAACAAUGUCGUCCACCGAGACCUCAAGCCCGAAAACCUCCUCUACCUCUCCCCCUCCCCUAACUCCUCCCUCGUCCUCGCCGACUUCGGCAUCGCGAAAAUGCUCGACUCCAACGAGGUGCUCACCACGAUGGCCGGGUCGUUCGGAUACGCGGCGCCAGAAGUGAUGUUGAAACAUGGACAUAGCAAGCCAGUGGACAUGUGGUCGCUGGGCGUCAUUACAUACACCCUGUUGUGCGGGUACUCGCCGUUCCGCAGCGAGAAUCUGACCGACCUGAUCCAAGAAUGCACGUCAGGGAAAAUCACCUUCCAUAACCGCUACUGGUCCGACGUCAGCGACGAUGCGAAAGAUUUCAUCAACCAGCUCCUGCAACCAGAGCCACAUAAACGACCCGCCAGUCAACAAGCCCUAAAUCACGUCUGGUUCUCCGGCAAAAAUGCCACCGACCACAAUCUUCUCCCCGAAAUCCGCGCCCUUGUCGCCAAGCAGCGCCUCCGCCGCGGCAUCGACAUGGUCAAACUCGCCAACCGCAUCGAAGCGCUGCGCAUGCAGGAAGACGACGACGAGGAUGAUGCGCCGGGACAGACGGACGUGCCGCCAGACGCGCGCGAGGCGGCCGGGCAAGCGCUCGCAGCGCAUGAUCCACAGGACGGUGUGGCGGUGCCGAGUACACCGCCGGGGGGGAGCGGGACCGGGGGGAGGGGGAGGUUGAGUAAGAUUGCGAAGGGGGCGAUUUUUAAGGAGGUGGUGUUGGCGAAGGUGAGGGAGAUGAAGGCGGAUCAGGAGAGGCAGGAGUUUGAGAAGUCGUUGGAGAAGGGGGAGGGGACGAGAUAGGGGGAUGGGGCGAUACUAGGAGGGACGGAUACUCUUUCGGGAUUGGGUUAUUUAGUUGGUGGGUGUGGGAUGGGAUGGGAUGGUUAGAUAUGAUAUGAUAUGGUGAAGUCAUGUUGGAAGAGCGGUGGGCUGGAAAAUUGGUGCCCUCUACCUCAGGAUCAAGGGGCUCACAUUGUCAUGUUGUUCAUUG